CUGUAUUCGAAAAUUCUAUGGGGGCAAUGCUGGCACAACAAGAACAAGGAAAGAAAGAACAUGCGAUCUACUACAUCAGUAAAAAGUUCAAUGACUGUGAACGUAGGUAUACGGCCUUAGAAAAGACGUGUGGUGCCCUAGCUUGGGCAGCAAAAAGGUUAAGGCAAUAUAUGUUGUAUCACACAACUCAUUUGGUAUCCCAAAUGGACCCCAUCAAAUACGUAUUCGAAAAACCCGCACUGACUGGACGCCUCGCCAGAUGGCAAGUCCUCUUAGCAGAAUACGACAUUGUUUAUGUGGCAAGAAAAGCAAUUAAAGGGAGCGUCGUUGCUGACCAUUUGGCAGAGCAUGCUAUUAUGGAUCCCGAAUCCAUGAUUAUGGAUUUCCCAGAUGAAAAUAUAAUGACAACCGAGGAGGAAAAAGAAAACCUACCACAUGGAGGUUGGAUCAUGAAGUUUGACGGAGCUUCUAAUGCUAUAGGACAAGGAGUGGGGGCCGUCUUUAUGUCCCCGGAAGGUGAGGUACUACCAAUUACAGCUAAACUCUGCUUUGCAUGCACAAACAAUGUGGCAGAAUACGAAGCAUGUAUCUUCGGCAUACGAGCAGCCUUGGGAAUGGGGAUAAAAAGGUUGAAGGUGUAUGGGGAUUCUGCACUAGUAAUCUUCCAAAUAAGAGGUGAAUGGGAGACUCGAGACUCAAAGCUCAUCCCAUACCAAAAGCUCAUCAAAGAAAUGAUAUUGCAAUUUGAGGAAGUAACGUUUGAACAUGUAUCACGGGUGGAAAACCAAGUCGCAGAUGCAUUAGCUACCCUCGCAUCGAUGUACAAAAUGGAAGAAAUGGGUGAAAUACCAUGUAUUAAAAUCGAGAAACGAGAUGCUCCCGCAUACCUUAUGAAUAUUGAAAGGGAACCAGAUGACAAACCAUGGUAUUAUGACAUCCUAAUCUACAUCAAAGAAAAAGAAUACCCACCAGGGGCAUCCGGAAACGACAAAAGGACUAUUCGCAGAUUGGCCUAUGGGUUCUAUUUGAGCGGAUCGACCUUGUACAAAAGAAACCACGACUCAACGCUGUUAAGAUGUGUAGAUGCAAAGGAGGCCUCAAGGAUAAUUGAAGAAAUACAUGAAGGUAUAUGUGGUACACAUGCAAGUGGUCACGUCAUGGCUCGGAAAAUAUUAAGGAUGGGAUAUUACUGGACUAAAAUGGAGGGAGACUGCGUCAACUAUGUUCGGAAAUGCCACAAGUGCCAAGUGUAUGCGGAUGAAAUUCAUACUCCCCAUGUCCCUCUCCAUGUCAUGUCAUCGCCUUGGCCUUUUGCCGUCUGGGGAAUAGACGUUAUCGGAUUAAUCGAACCCAAAGCAUCAAAUGGUCAUCGAUUCAUCUUAGUAGCAAUAGAUUACUUCACCAAAUGGGUAGAGGCGGCCUCAUACGCGAACAUAACCAGAAGUGUGGUGGUAAAAUUUAUUAAGAAAGAAAUCAUCUGUCGUUAUGGAUUGCCAGAGAGGUUGAUCACCGACAAUGCGAAAAACUUAAACAACAAAAUGAUGGAUGAACUCUGCGAGCAGUUCAAGAUCAAACACCAUAAUUCUGUACCAUAUCGUCCCAAGAUGAAUGGUGCUGUCGAAGCUGCAAACAAGAACAUUAAGAAAAUCAUCCAGAAGAUGGUGAUCACGUAUAAGGAUUGGCAUGAAAUGCUACCAUUUGCGCUGCACGGGUAUAGAACAACAGUGAGGACGUCAACGGGUGCAACACCUUUCUCUCUGGUCUAUGGGAUGGAAGCAGUAAUGCCUAUUGAAGUAGAGAUACCAUCCUUAAGGGUAUUAAAAGAAGCAGAACUCGAAGAUGCCGAAUGGGUCAAUGCCAGGUAUGACCAAUUAAACCUGAUUGAGGAAAAAAGGCUAGGAGCCAUCCAUCAUGGUCAUCUCUAUCAAAGACGAUUGAUCAGAGCAUUUGAGGAAAAAGUAAAGCCAAGACAAUUUCGUGAAGGAGAGCUGGUCUUGAAGAAAAUUAUGCUCCGACAAGGGGAUCCAAGAGGGAAAUGGACCCCUAACUAUGAAGGUCCCUAUGUGGUAAAAAGAGCCUUCUCAGGCGGAGCACUCAUAUUAACAAACAUGGACGGAGACGAGUUACCAUAUCCGGUCAACACCGACUCAGUGAAGAAAUACUAUGCAUAAGGAUGAGGCAAUGCUCGGUCGACUCCAUGAAAAUAAUGGGACGAGUGCAGGGUGGACUGUCAAAUCAUGAAUCUCUUUGAUGUAUCUCGUAGUUGCUAUGUAUCUUUCUUUUAUACCCCAGAAAUAAAAUUCCGCUAGAAUUUGCCUCAAUCUUGCACGUGUUCUCCUUUACUUACCAUUCCAUCCUACUUGCAACUGAUUGUCGCCUCUUAUACCAUCCAAUCACAAAUAUGAUCUUAUGAUAAACCCCUAGUGGCCAUACAGUCGCGUAAACCAACUACAGUCUUAGCAAAAAGCAGAAGCAAUUCACGACUAGCACACAAUCGAAGGGAACAAUAACAAUUUCAAAACAAU